CCACUCCCACGUAGACUCAUCAUCCAAACACUGUAAAACCGCAAGAACUCUAGUUUGGUGGAACUCUCUAUCAUUUUGCCACCCUUAAUUCAUAAACACUUUCCAACUCUCAACCCACAUUAACAACUUUAACUUCUUCUUCCAUUAUUCUAUGAACUCAAACUCAAACUCAAAACAAUGACCACUUUUUCUUUCUUCUCUCAUUUUCUUUCCUCCACUAUUCCUCCUUCUCCCUCACCCUCCUCCAAGAACUCUAUUUUCUAUGCCCUCUUCAAAGGAAACACCAAGCAAUUCACUUUUUCCAAAGCCACGAACCUCUUGCAGUUGCAGCCACGCAUAACUGUUUUCUCUUCUUUAAAGGAUGCAGGCUCCAGUGACAACACACCAAGCAACUUUUGCAUUAUUGAGGGGCCAGAGACGAUUGAGGAUUUUGUGCAGAUGCAGCUGCAGGAAAUUCAAGACAACAUAAAGAGCAGGCGCAAUAAGAUCUUUCUUCUCAUGGAAGAGGUAAGGAGAUUACGUGUGCAGCAGCGCACAAGAAGGGGUAAAAAAGUUGUCAAUGAAGAGGGAGAGGAGAAACCAGAUGAGAUGCCGGAUAUUCCGUCAUCAAUUCCUUUUCUUUCGCAUGUGACGCCCAAGACUUUGAAGAAGCUCUAUCUGACUAGCAUGUCAUUCAUAUCUGCAAUAAUUGUAUUUGGUGGGCUUAUUGCGCCGACGCUGGAGCUAAAAUUAGGUUUGGGUGGUACCUCAUAUGAAGAUUUCAUAAGAAGCAUGCAUUUGCCUUUGCAACUAAGUCAGGUCGACCCAAUUGUGGCAUCCUUUUCAGGUGGGGCUGUUGGUGUGAUUUCAGUACUGAUGCUAAUUGAGGCUAAUAAUGUUGAGCAACAAGAGAAAAAAAGGUGCAAGUAUUGUCAUGGAACUGGGUACUUGGCCUGUGCUCGGUGUUCUGCAAGUGGCGUGUGCUUGAACAUUGAUCCUAUUUCAGUAUGUAGUGCUUCUGCCAGACCUCUGCAUGCUCCUACAACCAGAAGGUGUCCAAAUUGCUCUGGUGCAGGAAAGGUUAUGUGUCCAUCUUGCCUUUGCACUGGGAUGAUGAUGGCAAGUGAACAUGACCUGCGUAUUGAUCCAUUUGACUAACACAUUACAUGAUUUGAGGACUUGUGAUUUUUGUUUCUCUAAUUUAUUUAAAAAAUAUGAACACCAUCUACAAAAUCCCUUCUCCAAAUUUAGCAUUAUUAUUUUAAAAAAGCUAUAUAAAGAAUUAGGCUAAAAUGGUAACAUUCUAGUCUUCCACUUCAGGUGAAUUGUCAAAAUGGAUCGGCCAAUAUUCUUUGUAUAAGAAUCAAUAUUGUACUUUGAGUAUGGUGCUGGUGAAAUUCGUUAAGAUCAAUAGUGCUUCUUUUCAUUAGUAGUCCUUGUGGUUCAUCUAACAAUAAAAAAGCACCUAUUCAGUAUUUA